AUGCCGAUUUACUAUCCACGGGGUUACCGCCGAGGACAACGCCGCGGCUGGAGUCGCGGUUACGGCCGGGGACGGGCGGGCCGUGGCUCCGUCCGCAAAUAUAAAUGGAGGAGUGGGAGGAGGGAGGCGAGGGCGGUGGAGGCCGGUCCUUCCUCCGUAGAGGCGCCACCGCCAACGCCGGUCGGGGAGGCGUCGACGCCGGCCGUUAAGGCGCCCACACCGGCGAUGGAGGAGUCGACGCCGGGCGAGGAGGCACCGACGCCGGCCGUGGAGGCACCGACGCCGGCCGUGGAGGCACCGACGCCGGCCGUGGAGGCACCGACGCCGGCCCUGGAGGCACCGACGCCAGCCGUGGAGGCACCGACGCCGGCCGUGGAGGCACCGACGCCGGCCGUGGAGGCACCGACGCCGGCCGUGGAGGCGUCGACGCCGGUCGUAGAGGCCCAUGUAAUAAUGGAAUAA